UUGAGCUCUGCACAUUGAACGUGCGAGCGCACAGACGCUGUGUGUGGUUUCAGAUGUACGCAAGAGCACCUCUCGCACAUAUGACAGGAUACAAGCGCGAAGGAAGAAAAUAUGCCAAUCUCCGUCAUGUUUCAUGCGAUUUCUACACCGCGGUGCUGAUUUCAGCAGUGUUAUAGAGGUGAGCCGCGAUGUCUGGCUGCGUAACGCUGAUUGACGGACCGGCUCGGUUGCGUGCGUGUUAACGCACCACAGUGUUUUCAGCUGAACUUUGCGAGAACUUCGCGACAUCGCUUCCCAUUUCGACGGGCGAGGUGAAACGGCAGCGCAAAGCAUGGCGACACAAAACGACUGCUGUGUCAAGGUCUCUUUAAGGAUCCGGCCGCAGAUGGCAAAGGAGAAGAUUGAGGGAUGUCACAUCUGCACGUCCGUUACUCCCGGGGAGCCCCAGGUGCUCUUGGGUAAAGACAAGGCCUUUACGUAUGACUUUGUGUUUGACUUGGACGCUCAGCAACAUCAGAUCUACAGCGCCUGCGUUCAAAAGCUGGUUGAAGGCUGCUUCGAGGGAUACAACGCGACUGUCUUCGCUUAUGGACAAACCGGUUCAGGAAAGACCUACACCAUGGGCACUGGCUUUGAUGUAACCGUGUCGGACGAAGAGCAGGGCAUAAUUCCACGGGCCGUGCGACAUUUCUUCCAGGGCAUCCAGAAACGCAGACUAGAGGCACAGAGCGCCGGCUUGCCACUGCCAGAAUUCAAAGUCAGCGCCCAGUUCCUUGAGCUCUAUAACGAGGAGAUCCUGGACCUGUUUGACAGCACACGUGACCCUGAGGCUCGAGGCAGGAAGUCCAAUAUUAAGAUCCACGAGGAUGGGAGCGGAAGCAUCUACACCACAGGAGUGACGUCACGGCUGGUCAGCUCAGAAGAGGAGCUGCUGCAGUGUCUGAAGCUGGGCGCUCUUUCCCGCACCACCGCCAGCACGCAGAUGAACGCCCAGAGUUCCCGCUCUCAUGCCAUCUUCACCAUCCACCUCUGCCAGAUGAGAGUGUGCACACAGCCACAACUGGUGAACGGAGAGAUGAACGGCGUGACUGAUAGCUCCAUGUCUCAGUCUGAGUAUGAGACGCUCUCUGCUAAGUUUCACUUUGUGGACCUGGCUGGAUCAGAGCGUCUCAAACGCACGGGAGCCACAGGAGAGAGAGCGAGAGAGGGCAUCUCUAUCAACUGUGGCCUGCUGGCCCUGGGUAAUGUGAUCAGUGCAUUGGGAGAUCAGAGUAAGAAGGCAGGCCAUGUGCCUUACAGAGACUCCAAACUCACACGCCUGCUGCAGGAUUCGCUGGGAGGAAACAGUCGGACCGUGAUGAUUGCCUGCGUGAGCCCGUCUGACCGAGACUUCAUGGAGACCCUUAACACGCUGAAGUAUGCCAAUCGGGCUCGCAACAUCAAGAACAAAGUGAUCGUGAACCAGGACAAAACCAGCCAGCAGAUCAGCGCCUUGCGAGCAGAGAUCGCACGCCUGCAGAUGGAGAUCAUGGAGUACAAAGCGGGGAAGCGAGUGGCCUGUGAAGAUGGAUCGGAAGGUUUUAGCGAUCUGUUUCAGGAGAACUCGAUGCUCCAAAAAGAGAACGAUACUCUGCGAAUGCGGGUCAAAGCCAUGCAAGAAACCAUCGACCACCUCAACACUCGAGUCACGCAGCUGCUCACCAAUGGAGUCAACCUGCUGCUCACGAAGACUGGUGAAACGAACGAGGAGAUUGGCAAUCUAAUCCAGAACUACAUCCGAGAGAUUGAAGAGCUGAGGUCUAAGCUGCUGGAGAGCGAAGCCAUGAACGAGUCUCUGAGGCGCAGUUUGUCUCGCCUCUCGGCCCGCGCUCCAUACCCGGCCUCCCACCCGUCUACUCCAGCACUCCCUCUCGGCUCCUCCCCCUCGGUUUCCAUGGAUGCAGAGAUGACAGAUGUGAUUCGUCAAGCCAAAUUAGAUGUGGAGAGGCUGAAGAAGAAAGAGAGAAAUCAGAGGAGGAAGAGUCCUGAGAAAGAAAAGGGUUUGAAGAAGAGAGCCAAGCUUUUUCCUCAGGAAAAUGGAGAAAAGAGCGAGAAUGGGCUGAGCAGAGAAAAUGAAGAGAGGCGUGAAAAUGGAGAUGGAGACUCUGAUAAUGAACCUGAAGAGGACGGCAUGUAUCCUCUUCAGGAGGAUGAUCACGGGGAGAGCGGCUGUGAUGAAGAUGAGGAGGAGGAAGAGGAAGCCAGAGAGGAAGAGUUCGACAGCGACGAGAGCCUGGUGGAUUCUGACUCUGACUCGGAUGAGAAAGUCAACUUGCAGGCCGACCUUGCGGAUCUGACGUGUGAGAUCGAGAUCAAGCAGAGACUCAUCGAUGAGCUGGAGAACAGCCAACGGCGGCUCCUGACGCUGAAGAGCCAGUAUGAGGAGAAACUGAUUCUGCUCCAGAACAAGAUCAGAGACACACAGCUGGAGAGAGACCGCGUGCUGCACAACCUCAUGUCCAUGGAGAACUACACUGAAGAGAAAGCCAGUAAAAUCAAAUCAGAUUAUGAGAAGCGUCUAAAGGAGAUGAACAGGGACCUGCUGAAGCUUCAGGCGGCUCAGAAGGAGCACGCCCGUCUGCUGAAGAACCAGAGCCGCUACGAGAGAGAGCUCAAGAAACUGCAGUCUGAAGUGGCUGAGAUGAAGAAAGCAAAGGUGGCGCUAAUGAAGCAGAUGAAGGAGGAGCAGCAGCGGAGGAGGAUGGUUGAGGCAAAGAGGAACAGAGAAAUCGCACAACUGAAGAAAGAGCAGCGACGACAAGAGUAUCAGAUCCGAGCUUUGGAGUCCCAGAAGCGUCAGCAGGAGAUCGUGUUGAGGAGGAAGACGCAGGAGGUGACGGCACUGAGGCGGCUGGCCAAGCCCAUGUCUGAGCGUGUGGCCGGACGUGUGGUCCGCAGAAUUACCACUGUGGACUCCGGAGCAGAGCUGUCCAACUGUACCACAACAACCUCCUCCGAACCAGAAUCCACUCGCUCCGUGUCCAGCAUCAUACGCCAGUGGAACACCAAACUGAACGGAUACCUGGGAGAGCAUGACAGCCAUGGCACCGCAGGAAACCUGGCCAGCAGAAAAAAGUUCCAGCGAAAGAGUACGAGCACAAGUUUUUCAAAGACAGCCCGUCAGAAGUGGCAGUCCCUGGAGAGGAGGAUCAUGGAUAUUGUGAUGCAGAGAAUGACCAUCACUAAUGUGGAAGCUGAUAUGGAUCGUCUCAUUAAGAAACGUGAGGAGCUGUCCAUGCAGCAGGAGGCGCUGUUACGCAAGAGAGAGAAGUUACUGAACGAGGGUUUUGGAGAGGAUGAGGAGGAGAGGCUCCUUCAGGAGAUGAAUGAGGAGAUUGAGGUUCUCAAUGCCAACAUCGACUACAUCAGUGACAGUCUGUCUGAUUGCCAGGCCACUAUCGUACAGAUUGAGGAGACCAAGGAUGAGCUGGACUCAGUGGACACCUCAGUGGUCAUCAGUUCCUGCUCGCUGGCCGAAGCUCGUGCUCUCCUGGACUACUUUCUCAAAGCCUCUAUUGACAAGGGGUUACAAGUUGCUCAAAAAGAGGCUCAAAUUCGGCUGCUGGAGGGUCAGCUGCGACAGACGGAUGUGAUUGGCUCUUCCCAAAAUCACAUGAUCCUGGAUGCUCUAAGGGAAAAGGCAGAGUGUAUCCCUGAACUACAAGCUCUAAUCCACAAUGUGCAGCAAGAGAAUGGCUAUGCGAGCACAGAUGAGGAUGCAUCUGAGUUCAGUCAGGCGUCAGAGGGCGGUUUUCCCCAGAUGAAGUUGUCUGCGAGUCAAGAUGACUUUAAGAUGAAGGUUGAGCCUCGGCUUUCUGUACAAAUGAAGGCGGUGUCAGCUGAGUAUUUGGGCCCGAUUCUGGACCUCAGCUCCAAGAACAUCACCAAGUCCCUGGCUUCUCUGUCAGAGAUCCAUGAGAACGGCCUGCUCCUCAGAGAGCCCUAUUCUAGAGAGCUGGUGUCUCGAACCAUCAGCCUGCCUGUCAGAGGACACACUUUCCCAAGACAGUCCAGAGGAUCUGACACGUCCCCCUUAACAAGGAGGCAGUCGUAUGACAGAGGCCAGCCAUACAGAAGUCCAGACAUAGGCUACACCCCUCCUCCUUCCCCUCCUCUUCGAACACGUAACGACCGCAACGUCUUUUCCCGCUUGACAAGCAACCAGAGUCAGGGCUCAGCGCUCGACAAGUCGGAUGACAGCGACUCCUCUCUCUCGGAGGUGCUCAGGGGUGUAAUCACUCCCACAGGUGGCCUGAAGGGGGGCAGGACGGCCCCUCUGCAGUGUGUGGCGAUGGCCGAAGGACACACUAAACCUGUGCUCUGCCUGGAUGCCACGGACGAGCUGCUUUUCACAGGCUCCAAAGAUCGAACCUGCAAGAUGUGGAACCUGGUGACUGGACAGGAAAUCGUGACCCUGAGAGGACAUCCUAACAACGUAGUGUCUGUCAAAUACUGCAGCCACUCCGGCCUUGUCUUCACAGUUUCCACCUCAUAUGUCAAAGUGUGGGACAUUCGUGAUUCUGCCAAGUGUGUCCGGACGUUCACGUCAUCGGGUCAGGUGGUCUCAGGCGACGCCUGUGCCGGUACAACCACUCGCACCAUCACUACAGCCCAGGGCGAGUACCAGAUCAACCAGAUCGCCCUCAAUCCCUCCGGAUCUGUGCUGUACGCCGCUGCCGGCAACACCGUCCGCACAUGGGACCUCAACAGAAUGCAGGCCACUGGGAAGCUGACCGGACACAUUGGGUCAGUCAUGUGUCUUACAGUGGGUUAUUCUGGAGGAGGCAAGGAUCAGGUGAUCACUGGAUCCAAAGACCAUUACGUGAAGAUAUUUGACGUUGCGGAGGGGACCCAGGGUAACAUCGGACCAGCUCAUAACUUCGAGCCCCCUCAUUAUGAUGGGAUUGAGUGCCUUGCUGUACAUGGUGACGUACUGUUCAGUGGUUCCCGUGACAAUGGCAUUAAGAAAUGGGAUCUGGGACAGCAGGAGCUUAUUCAGCAAAUCCCAAACGCGCACAAGGAUUGGGUGUGUGCUCUGGCGUUCGUUCCCGGACGGCCCAUGCUCCUCAGCGCCUGCAGGGGGGGCAUGCUCAAGGUGUGGAACGUGGACAACUUCACGCCCAUUGGAGAAAUUAAAGGCCAUGACAGCCCAAUAAAUGCCAUCUGCACCAAUUCCAAACAGAUCUUCACUGCCUCCAGUGACUGUCGGGUGAAGUUGUGGAGUUAUGUCCCCGGGCUCACGCCCUGUCUGCCCCGUCGGGUCCUGGCCAUCAAGGGCCGGGCCACCAGCCUCCCCUGAGCCUCCACUAACCGGUUCCCUCUGGUACUGUCCUUUCUCUCUCUAAUCUUCCUAUGUCUCUCUGUUUGAGGAUAAUUUCCCCUUUUCUCCUUUCCCCUCUGACAAGUCCUUAGCUGAAGCCCUCUUAACAAGUGACAACGUAGCCUACUUAUCACAUGAAAGUGGUUUGUUUAAU